GUGUUUUUAAAUGCGGCCCUUGUUCACUCUUGUGUAAUGUCAGUGACCUACAAAUUAUACAGAUGCACCGAGCUGAUCUAGAUAGAGUUCAAAACUAAGUAGGUGCAUAUCAGUGAUAUUGUACAGUUCUUGACAUCCGCAUGCAUUGAGUGUGUCCUAUUGAGGAGUUUAUUCACUGGAUGCAGUGGUUCUUGUCUAGACAGCUAAAAUGGCGUCCCCUGCAACUCCCCGAGAUCUGAAGCAGAUGGUGAGAGACGGACUAAGUACACUGCUGUUUAGUUUUGGUUACAAAACAGGAAUAAUCGAUGCCUUUAUAAAAAUACAACAACCUUGCACAGCAGAGGAACUCAGUCAAAAGUCAGGGAAAAAGUUACGAUACCUACAAGAAUGGCUCAGUGGUAUGAUAGGAGCAGGAAUCGUCAGACUCCACGAGGACGGAAAAUAUUCACUUCCGUAUGAGGAACCUAUAUUACGACAAUUGGGUCACACCUCUACCGCUAUUCCAAUUUUCUAUGAGCAAUUUCAAAAACUGGAAAAUGUUAUGGAAAAAGAUGGACCAAAUGGAUAUGGAUAUUACGGACCAUUUCUCAAGUGGUUGGACACAUACCGCACACCAGAAUUCUUUCACAAUUGGAACAAGACUUUACUAGUCCCGGUAGUGGAGCUAAAGCCAGAAAAGGAGUUCACGUUGUUGGAUAUUGGGUGUGGUUACGGGAAACAUACUAGAGAGGUGGCCAAACUGUAUCCCAGCUGUACAAUAUACGGUAUCGACUCCGACCAAGUCUCCAUAGACCAAGCCAAGAUGGAACUUGCAGAAGGUGGUCCGCAGAACAUCCAGUAUAGUUGCAUGAAAGCGAGUGAACUUCCACCAGAAUGGACAGACAAAUUUGAUUUCGUCCUCAUGAACGAUGUACUCCAUGAUGCAUACGGCUUGGACGAUAUUUUGAGAGAGUUCAAGCGAGUUCUCAAACCAGAUGGUUACGGAGCAGUGUAUGACCCGCCCGUGUCCUCGUAUCCCGAAAAGCAAGCUAACGACAAAGUAGCACAAUUCUUUAUGCCUUUCAGCCUUUUUUCGUGCCUUCCAGCGAGUUCGUUGGGUGAAAAUGGAAAUGGUUAUGGAGUCGGUUGGGGAUACGAGCGUCGAAAACAGAAGAUAGAGGAACAUGGGUUCAAAGUGAUAAAGAUUGGUGACAACGACAUUGACAAAGUACAAGAGGGCAUUGUCUUCCAAAAGUAACGACUUUAAAAUGUAAAAGGAUUAUUGUACCUGUCACUCUUGAAAUGAAUUGCAAAACAUGACCUUACCUAAACCGAACCUUUAGCUUCCUAUGUAGAUUUAUACAGUGCCAUAACUGUAAUAAACAGUAUCAUACGUGUUAUAUUAUAUAUAUAUAUAUAUAUAUAUAUAUAUAUAUAUAUAUAUAUAAAGCACUAAAUAAUCACAACCAGGUACUGAAAAGUUUCGCCCCAGCCCGGGGUCGAACCAGCGACGUACGGCACCCACCGCCUAGCAAGAUUGUCAAACCAGUGCGUAAGUCCUCUCGGCCACAACGACUUCCCUAUAUAUAUAUAUAUAUAUAUAUAUAUAUAUAUAUAUUGCCAAUACAACCUACUAUAGUUGGGGCAAAUGCUGUCUGGGUCAGACGUGUUUCAUACCAAUUGUUAGGUCGUUCUUGGCACACUGGUUUUGACUACGCAUAACUCCGUUUUCCUGAUCGGAAUAUAAGGGUCACGGCGGGUGUGACCGGUCAACAGGGGGAUGCUUACUCCUAGGCACCUUAUCCCACCUCUAGUGUAUCUAGGGUUCCGUGUUUGCCCAAGUAUUUAUUUUGUAUUGCUUAUAAGAGUUAUGAGAUUGAUCACUUUUGUCUUGAACUUUCAUGUAUAUAAAAUCAAUAUUAAAGUGAAGGAAAGUAUGCA